CUCGUCUGUGGUUUCGUGAUCGUUUCGUUUUGGAUUUGGAGGGAAACUUGAUUUAUGCUAUAGUUUUCCAAGUUUUUCCGCAAUAAAUUAAAGGAAAUAAAAAUAUUAGAUUAAAAAUAGUUGUUAUUGUUCUUCUCUCCUUUAUUAAUGUAUGUUUAGUUCUCAUACAAAUAGUUUUUCUCUUCGAGUUAGUUCUUCAUUGUGGAGUGGCCUGUGGUGGUUAUUUUUUAUAAUCUUUCUUUUCUGUUUAUGAGAAGAUCAAGAAUGUAAUGUCAACGCCAAUCAAAGAUAACUUAUAGAUAAUACAAUAAAUGUUUGAAACAGAAUCGUCGUAACGAAUUACAAUGUUGAACUGUGAAAAUUACGUGUAAAUGGUAAUUUAUACAUUGAAUAAACAUGUCUUUUAGUUGUAAUAUAAAUAAUGAAUACCGUAAUUUGCCAUUUUACUCUCAAUUACAAUCACAGGCAAAUUUCUAUAUAUUUAACACAAUUGGCACUUUAUUAGUUAAAUGUGAAGAGCACAAGAAAACUGUUAUGAAUUGUCGUGCCCUUGGAAUAUUACAAAGUUUAAAUGGACGUUUUUAUCUGUCAGAUUUGGAUUCAAAAGGUGAUGGUGUCAAAAUAAGAAUUUCCCUGGCAUAUGUGGAAACUUCAGUACCAUCUACUGUCAUCCCAUAUGUGGUGCAGGUCUUUGGUGCUUUGCAGUGGACAAACAAACCAGUCAUAUUUGCAAAAAUAGUACAGGUACUGGAUACUCAUACAGGCGUAAGACUUAAUGAAGCUUUGAAGAAUAUAGAAAACUCUCAUUUGGCUAAUUUUUCUUUAUAAUUCCUUGUUACAUAUGCUGGCACUAAACUCUAGCGCUGGCGGUUAUGGCACAAAAGUCAAAAGUAAGAUUCAUAGAGGACUAGAGGGAAGGGCAGGUAUUGACUCUGCAGCCAUAUUCCAUCCUGAUCUGUCAUGCUGUACUUCCAAUGUACUGUGUGUGUUGUGUGAGACAGUGCCGUUAUGCAGCUAUCCCUUUUCGUUUAGCGCUAGUCUUCCACACCACUACUUUUACUUUAUAGUUAACUAGCAGAAGCCCCCAACUGCAUGGAUUUCAGAUUUUCACAAAUCCUGUGGGAACCAUGGAUGUUAUUAUACAUAUAAAACUUCCUCUUCAAUCGCUCUCGUUUUAAUGAUUUAAGCAAACAAGGGACAGAGAAAGCGACUUUGUUUUAUACUAUGUAGUGAUGAAUUAAAUAUUGAACUAUGUAUAUUCCACGUUUUAUGGUUAAAAUAAACUAAUACAUUUUGCAAAGAA